GACCAUUUCCCCCAGUUACUGACCGCAGGCUGAAAUCGAAUACCUCAACCCCAACCUUGCCGCACCAGUGUUGUCCCACAGAUGUCUGAUACAGACUCUAUCAGCUCUUUGGGCCCAACCCCACGGCAGAGCAUGGCAUCUCCAGACUUGGCCGAAGCUGUGCAGAAGCUUCGAAUAUCCAAUGUUCGAGACGACUUUGUCAUCGACGACAUCCUCUUCCAACAGGGGCCCCGCAAGCGAUUCAAGCAGGACCCAACCGCCCUCAAAGCCGAACUUGAACGCAAGUUCCUGACGCCUCCUACUACUUUCUCCACCGAAUGGCUUAACAAGCUGCAGCAGCGAUGGGAAUCCACCGUAGAUCUCACCGAGAUAUUUCGCCUCGCGCCUACGCAGACCCGUACCGUCACACGCUUCCAGCGCCAGGGUCUUGAGGGCAGGGUAUCGGGCUACAAGAAUGUCACUGUGCCUGCGAAUAGCGCCACCGCCAAGAAUUCUACCUCUCUGAUGCGCAAGCCUGGUGACCGUACCGACUUCGUACGCGGCGCAGCAGGCUUCUUUCCCUUUGCCCCGGGCGGUCUGGACAGCGUUGAGGCUACAGCUGCGCUAGAAGAUCAGAUGUUGCACUCCGAGCCUACUACCACCCAAAGCAAGCUAGAACGUGUCAUCAAACUCGGCGCCGAAGGUGGGCUUCUCGCAGUUGCGCCUGGCCUCGAGAGAGGCAUCGACUUCAGCAAGAAGAAGUCCAAGGCAAACCAGAAGGAAGCGAGGGCGAUCGAGGCAGAACUUAACCAAGAGCCCGACCAGGCACCCGAGCAUGAGGAUGCUGACGGCCAUGGGGAGGCUGAAAAUUCUGAGGGGGCCGAGGAGGGGGAGCUAAACGGCGAGGAGGGAAGCGAAGAUAUCGACACGCUAUUACCCGUCGAAUUUCCCACUCUAGUGACUAGCGGUAAUCUUACUAAAUCUAGCGCGCGAAAGGCAGGUCGAGAAUGGGCCCACAUGGUCGAUAUCAACAGAGACAUCACCAACUUCAGAGAGCUCGUGCCCGAUAUGGCCCGAGAAUGGCCUUUCGAGCUGGACACUUUCCAGAAGGAGGCCAUCUAUCAUCUCGAAAGUGGCGAUUCCGUCUUUGUUGCCGCUCAUACGUCGGCCGGCAAGACGGUCGUAGCGGAGUACGCCAUCGCAUUGGCUGCGAGGCACAUGACCAAGGCCAUAUACACGUCCCCUAUUAAAGCCCUGAGCAACCAGAAAUUCCGCGAUUUUCGCCAGACCUUUGACGAGGUAGGCAUCUUGACUGGCGACGUACAGAUAAACCCGGAAGCCAGUUGUCUCAUCAUGACCACCGAGAUUCUGAGGAGUAUGCUGUAUAGAGGUGCCGAUCUCAUUCGGGACGUAGAAUUCGUCAUAUUCGACGAGGUCCACUACGUCAACGAUUUCGAGCGCGGCGUCGUCUGGGAGGAGGUCAUCAUCAUGCUUCCGGAACACGUCUCGCUUAUCUUGCUCUCUGCUACUGUCCCCAAUACGUACGAAUUCGCCUCCUGGGUUGGUAGGACCAAGAAGAAGGAUAUAUACGUCAUCUCGACACCCAAGAGACCCGUCCCCCUGGAGCAUUAUUUGUGGGCCGGUAAGGACAUCUACAAGAUUGUAGACCACCAGAAGAAGUUCAUCGAGAAGGGUUGGAAAGAGGCAGACCAAGCCAUGCGCGGGAAGGACAAGGUGCUCCCGGCCCCGGCCGUGAGAGGCGGUGGCAAUCAGCGUGGAAACCAACGUGGCAACCAGAGAGGAGGAGGCCCUCAACGUGGAGGCGGUCAGCAACGCGGUGGUCCGCGAGGUGGCGGCCAGCAGAGGGGAAGAGGAGGAGGAGGAGGAGGGCCUCCGCGAGCUAGUCACGCACCGGGCCACAUGGGUCGCGCCGGUCGGCCAGGUGGCUUCACAUCGGUAAACCAAGACAAGAAUCUCUGGGUUCACUUGGUACAGUACUUGAAAAAGUCCAAUCUCCUGCCGGCUUGCAUCUUUGUCUUCUCCAAGAAGAGGUGCGAGGAGAAUGCGGAUGCCUUAAGCAACCAGGAUUUCUGCACGGCCCAGGAAAAGAGCCACAUUCAUAUGAUAAUCCAGAAGUCGAUCGCGCGCCUACGGCCCGAGGACCGAGUCCUACCACAAAUCGUUCGUCUACGAGAGCUGCUGAGCCGAGGCAUCGCCGUGCAUCAUGGUGGUCUCUUGCCUAUUGUCAAGGAAAUGGUCGAGAUCCUGUUCGCUCGGACCUUGGUCAAGGUCCUCUUCGCGACUGAAACCUUUGCCAUGGGUCUGAACCUGCCUACUCGAACUGUCGUAUUUUCUGGCUACCGAAAGCACGACGGCCAUUCAUUCCGAAACCUCCUUCCGGGCGAAUACACCCAGAUGGCUGGCAGAGCUGGCCGUCGUGGUCUCGAUCCCGUAGGAUCGGUCAUUAUCGUGCCUCCUGGCGGUGGGGACGAAGCGCCGCCCGUGGUUGAUCUUCAGAAGAUGAUACUGGACCCGCCUAGUAAGCUGCGGUCGCAGUUCCGAUUGACCUAUAACAUGAUCCUGAACCUGCUCAGAGUUGAGGCCCUGAAAAUAGAGGAGAUGAUUAAGCGUAGCUUCUCUGAACACGCCACGCAGCAACUACUUCCAGAGCACGAGAAAGCCGUCAAGCUAUCCGAGGCCGACUUGGCCAAGGUGAGAAGGGAGACGUGUAAACUCUGCGACGAGAAUCUGGACAAGUGCCACCAGGCGGCGAUGAAUUACAAGCAAUUAACACAGGACUUAUACAAGGGCCUAUUGACAAUACCAAUCGGCAAGAAGCUGUUUACGCAGAACCGACUGAUCGUUUGGAACAAGGACGGCGUGCGGACGCCGGGAAUCCUCCUGGCUAACGGCGCGAGCAGCAAGACGUCGGGCGGUCAGCCUACGGUUCACGUAUUCGAGAUCAAGACCGACCGCGAGACUCGAAACUCGACCGAUAUUCUACCCUUUAUCGGUCUAUUUCGCUCCUUUUUCACUCCCCUUCCCCGUCACAAGAAGGCAUAUCACAAGGCCGUCCACGUGCCGCUCAGCGACAUUGAAUGCCUCACAGCGAAAAUCACUACCGGCAUCGUGCCGGAUUUCUUCGAGUUUGGCGAGCCGCGCGCGCGAGCCAAGGACAAGAUAUUUUCAGUUUGUAAGACCUGGGAGUCUGAUAUCUGGGAUGAGGUUAGCUUUAGCAAGAUCAGAAACUUGCCGCUACAGGAGAUUAUCGAGAAGCGGCGAAAAGAGGAGGCUAUGAUCAAGGAACACGCUACGAUGUACUGUCGUGACUUCUUGAAACACUUUGCCAUGUGCCACGAUCAAUGGGUCAUCAAGGAGCAGAUUUCGUCGCUCCGUGAAGCGCUCGCCGACCAAAAUCUUCAGCUGCUACCCGACUAUGAGCAACGCAUCCAGGUGCUUAAGGACCUUUCUUUCAUCGACGAGGAAACGCGAAUUCAGCUCAAGGGCAAGGUGGCGUGCGAGAUCCACUCGGCGGACGAGCUCGUGCUUACGGAGCUUAUCCUUGACAACGUGCUGGCGGAGUACGAGCCGGCGGAGAUCGCGGCGCUGCUGUCGGCGUUCGUGUUCCAGGAAAAGACGGAGACGGUGCCGAAGCUGACGGGGCGGCUGGAGCGGGGGAUGAAGACGAUCGUGGAUAUCAGCGAGAAGGUGAACGAGGUGCAGACGGAGCGGCAAGUGAUCCAGGGGGCGGAGGACGGGAGCGACUUCGCGUCGCGGCCGCGGUUCGGGCUGAUGGAGGUGGUGUACGAGUGGGCGCGGGGGAUGAGCUUCAAGAACAUCACCGACCUGACGGACGUGCUGGAGGGGACGAUCGUGCGGACGAUCACGCGGCUCGACGAGACGUGCCGCGAGGUGAAGAACGCGGCGCGCAUCAUCGGUGACCCGGACCUGUACCAGAAGAUGCAGGCGGCCCAGGAGAUGAUCAAGCGCGACAUCACGGCGGUGGCGAGCCUAUACAUGUAGGCGGGACGCCUUGCGGCAGGGGGGGAGGGAAGCUGUCUACCUCCUCCCUGCUGAGGUGGGGAAUCCGUGUCGUCGGCUGAGCGAAAAGCGCCGUGCGUAUUACGGCGGUACGAUUCUAGAGGAGGAGACGAUAAUACCCGUCGGUGCUACUAUAGAGAUACCUAUCGAGGCGUUGUCAGGACAAAAUCGAGGAGAGAGAUUUUGCUACUUAGUAAAUACUAUCCUUCAAAUGGUUUCCUCAUUUCAGCCACGCUCGUGGGUAUACGUGCUGGUAUGCUUUGUGAUCCCGGGACCCUGGUGAUGGAGGAUUAGAGGAGAUAGGUCUCGUGUAAGUGCUUAGGCAUCGCAUGGUCACUUCAAAUUCAACCCCUUUCUACC